AUGCUCCUGAGAUUUAAAUUCUUCUUUAAUCAAAAUCCUGUAGGUGCUUGGUCUAGGGCUUUUUGUCAACCUGCUAAAUUUAUCGAUGCAGAAGUUUCGAAAUUAUUGGAAUUAAAAGCUCAAUUGGGUGAUCCAGCACCGAAAAAAUUCAUACUUAAAACUGCUAAAGGAACCAAAGAUUAUGGACCACAGCAAAUGGCACUUAGAUUAAAUAUAUUAGACAAAGUAAUCUCCAUUUUCAAACUUCACGGUGCUGAAACGAUCGACACACCUGUAUUCGAAUUAAAGGAUGUUUUAACUGGUAAAUAUGGCGAAGAUUCAAAACUCAUUUACGAUUUGGCCGAUCAAGGCGGUGAGAAAUUAUCACUUCGAUACGAUUUGACUGUACCAUUUGCUAGAUAUUUGGCUAUGAACAAAAUAGUCAACAUCAAAAGGUAUCAAAUAGCUAAAGUUUAUAGAAGAGAUAAUCCUGCUUUAACCAGAGGAAGAUAUAGGGAAUUUGUUCAAUGUGAUUUUGAUAUAUCUGGGAUUUACGAUCCGAUGGUUCCAGAUGCUGAAUGUUUAAAAAUAAUAACUGAAAUAUUAGAUUCGAUUAAUAUUGGCAAAUAUGUGAUUAAAGUAAAUCAUCGUCAAAUAUUGGAUGGUUUGUUUGAAACAUGUGGAGUACCAAAUGAUAAAUUCAAAACAGUUUGUUCAUCAGUCGAUAAAUUAGAUAAGAUGUCUUGGGAAGAAGUUAGAAAGGAAAUAAUAGAAGAAAAAGGUGUCGAUUCAAGUGUCGCUGAUAAGAUAGGACAAUACACGUUAUUUUCAGGGGGUUCGGAAUUAGUUGAAAAACUAAUGAAAGAUGAAAAUCUUUGCAAAUCGAAAUCGAGCGUGUCAGGAUUGGAGGGGAUGAAAUUAUUUCUCAAAUAUUGUCAUCUCUACGGAAUCGGGGAUAAAGUCGUUUUCGAUUUGAGUUUGGCAAGAGGUUUGGAUUAUUACACUGGAGUCAUAUUCGAAGCCGUACUAUUGGAUCAAUCCGUUUUGGAUGAAAAUGGGGAACCUGCGGGUGUCGGAUCCGUUGCCGGAGGAGGACGUUACGAUAAAUUGGUCACAAUGUUCGAUCCGUCGAAAAAAACGGAUACGCCGUGCGUGGGAGUGAGCAUCGGAAUCGAAAGAAUAUUUGCCGUUAUGGAAGCCAAAUUGGCAGAAAAUAAAGAAACUGUACGAACGACAGAGGUAGAAGUUUUUGUCGCUUCUGCUCAUAACGGAUUACUAGAAGAAAAAAUAAAAGUUUGCAAAGAAUUAUGGGAUGGAAAAAUUAAGGCAGAACAAUUUUAUAGGCAAAAAAUAAAACUUCUCGAUCAGUUGCAGUAUUGCGAAGAAAGGAAAAUUCCAUUGGCCGUCAUUUUGGGGGGAUCGGAAAUCGAAAGGGGAGUCGUUAAAAUACGAAACGUCGUCACGAGAGAAGAAACCGAGGUGAGUACUACUACUUGA